AUGGAGCAAUUGUAUUGAGCCCCUGCUGCUGAUGCUGUUGUCCAGCAGCUGCUUCCCUGCCCAGAACCACCCGACCCCAAGACAUGUUCUCCUCGAGAAUACUUGGAGUAUUCUGUAUUUCCAGUACUCUUACCCGGCCUGGCUGAUCUGCAUUAAGCAGAGAAGGAGAAGCGUUUUGAGAGAAAAAGGACCAAAUUUAUUGCCUGUGACUUCCUAACUGAGUGGUUAUACAACAAGAACCCAAAGAGGAAAGAGGAGUCAUUCACAGAAUUCUUUUCCAUUCCUUUUGUCAGCAACUGGCUAAAGGACCAUCCUAGGCCACCAAUUCCUCUAUCUUUCCUUCUAUCAGAAGAAGCAGCAAGCCUAAUAAUUCAGGCCUUCUGGAGAGGUUAUCGGGUCCACUGUGACAGCCAAAUACAAGAGCUACGUCGGUGGCAAAAGCAGUUGAGAGAGGAAAGAAACCUUAAUAAAAGAGUGAAAGAAUUCUGGGCUAAGCAGGAAGCCAAAGUGGGAAGCAAACUGGAAGACUCUUUACAAACAGCCUUCUGA